UGAAAGUCUUAAUCUAACAGAGGUUGUGUGUGUGUGGCGUGGUGUUUGAUGCUGACACCAAGAGAAGGAAGUCUGUCAAAGCCACAGAUUACGGCCCAUGUUCUGAGCGGUUGCACUAUAAUGUUCAGCAGCCACGAGGUGAAUGACGUCGGAGGGUCUUAACAGCGGAAAAAGGGCUCCUUUUCUGGAUUAACAGGAGACGAUCACGGAGAUCUGAGCGCUGGCAAGAUCUGUCGGUGAUGUCCAGAUCUCAGACACAGACAGACUGAAGCUCCCUCCCAUCAUGGAUUCCAAGAAGCCUGGCAUGCUGCGGCAUCUCCGCCAGAAGAUGUUGCCACACCUCCGGCGAGACAAGACGAGCCCCGGCAAGCACCUGGUUCAGCUCGAACACCCAAUGGACCAUCGGAUGAGCUCCUCCGUUCCUGACAUGAGGAACAUGAGGCAGCACGAGUAUGCUUCCGUCUCCUCCAGCAUGCAGCCCCAACAGUACGACUCUCCCAGCUACAGCAACCCUUGCUCCCCACUCGUCAGGCCUGCCCGGGGCCUGGGAGGAGGUGGGAGUGGCCUGACGAUGGGAGUAGUUGGUGGAGGAGCGGGGAGAAGUGUGCCUGCAGACUGCACAGACUGGGCUUCCUCCCACGAGUCAUUCAGCAGUCUCUGUGACGAGGAGAAGAGCUCUCCAGAGACAACCUGCAGACCUCCCCGGGGCAUGGAGCCUGAGGAGCUGGGCCUACCCGAGAUGAUGACCGUCUACAGCCCAGACCCUCCCUCUGUGGAGGUGUCCCAGGACAGCUCACAGUAUGAUAACGAUUUCAACAGUCACGGGUUAAAAGACAGGGACAACCAAAAUUGUGAGAUGGGCAACGAGGUUCUGAGUGUGUCGGAGAACAUCAGGGAUCCUCCCAGGUCCUUCCUGCUCACCAUCCACCUGAAGGAAGGACGCAACCUGGUCAUCAGGGACCGCUGUGGUACCAGCGAUCCUUAUGUGAAAUUCAAAUUGGACGGGAAAACAUUCUACAAAAGUAAAGUGGUUUAUAAAGACCUCAACCCCAAAUGGAAUGAGACCUUCUCCCUACCUGUGAAGGAUCUGCACCAGAAACUUUACAUCAAGGUAUACGACCGUGAUCUGACAACUGAUGACUUCAUGGGCUCCACCAGUGUCAUCCUGAGUGAUCUGGAGAUAGACAAGUUGACUGAGAUGUCUUUGCCCCUGGACGACCCAAACAGCCUGGAGCAGGACAUGGGGGUUGUGCUGGUGGACAUGUGUCUGUCACUCAGAGAUAGAGACAGCAAAAGAGGCAAUCGGUGGGCCCCAAAAAGACGAAGUAUUAGGUCGGGAGGCUCUUCUCAGAGCUGCCGUCUGUCGGAGACACUGAGGAAGAAUCAGCUGUGGACUUCUGUUGUGUCAGUGACUCUGGUCGGGGGUCAGGAGCUGCCACUGGACUCCCAUGGAGGUCAGCUCUUUGUUCGCUUCAGACUGGGAGAGCAGAGCUACAAAAGCAAGGACCGCUGCAGAGUGUCCAACCCUCAGUGGAGAGAGAGGUUCACUUUUAACCUGUUCGUGGACAGGUCUGGCAUCCUGGAGGUGGAGCUCUGGUCCAAGGAAGGACGCAGGAACGAGGAGUGUUUGGGAACGUGUGAAGUUGACCUGUCCAAGGUCCCUUUCAAUCAGAGACAGCUGUUCACACACGCCCUGGACCAGGGGAGAGGACGCUUGGUCUUCCUACUUACACUGAACACAUGCAGCGGCGUCUCCAUCUCGGACCUGUGUGCCGCACCGCUCGAUGAGCCUCACGAACAACAGAACCAGCUGGACAGCUAUAGUUUGAAAAGGUCCCUGAAAAACCUCAGCGAUGUUGGUUUCCUUCAAAUCAAAGUGAUCAAGGCCGCAGAUUUGUUGUCUGCUGAUUUAAACGGCAAGAGUGAUCCCUUCUGUGUGUUGGAGCUGGGGAACGACAGACUGCAGACCCACACAGUCUACAAGAGCCUCCACCCAGAGUGGAAACAAGUCUUCACAUUCCCUGUCAAAGACAUUCAUGAGGUUCUGGUGGUGACUAUCUUUGAUGAGGACGGAGACAAGGCGCCAGACUUUCUGGGAAAGGUUGCCAUUCCCCUGCUCUCGAUCCGCAAGGGACAGCAGAUCGCCUACCCACUGAAGAAAGAGGACUUAGGUGGGCUGUCGAAGGGGAGCAUCAUUCUGGAGCUGCAGGUUAUUUUUAACCCUGUCAGAGCGGGUAUAAAAACCUUCCAACCAAGGGAAAGAAGAUUCAUAGAGGAUACUCCCAAGUUUUCUAAAAAGGUCCUGGCCAGGAACGUGCUCCGUGUUCAGACACUGUACAGGGCUAUCAUGUCGACUCUGCAGUACAUCAAAAGCUGUUUCCAGUGGGAGAGCAUUCAGAGAAGCCUGCUAGCCUUCCUGGUGUUUUUGGUGACCGUGUGGAACUGGGAGUUUUACAUGCUGCCCUUCUUCCUGGUCCUGCUCAUCUCGUGGAACUACCUCCAGAUCCAGUCGGGUCGGGUCAGUCAGGACUUGGACAAUAUGGAUUUGGGGGAUGAGGACGAGGAUGAUGAAAAGGAGUCGGAGAGAAGAGGGCUGAUGGAGAAAAUCCACAUGGUCCAAGAAACCAUCAUCACCCUUCAAAACCUGCUGGAUAGCAUCGCAUGUUUUGGGGAGAGGAUUAAAAACACUUUCAACUGGUCGGUGCCGUUCCUGUCCAGCCUGGCUUUCCUGGUCUUUGUCACUGCAACAAUCCUUACAUACUACAUCCCUGUUCGCUACGUGAUUUUAAUAUGGGGCAUCAAUAAAUUCACCAAGAAAUUACGGAACCCAUACAGCAUUGACAACAAUGAAGUGCUUGAUUUCCUGACGAGGGUGCCUUCAGAUGUGCAGAAGGUUCAGUACAGUGAGAUGAGAGGCAGCAGGAGGAAGAAACUCAGUAGGCUUCCUACUUAAAAACUGUUUCCACAGGAUCUGCGUGGUAGGGUUGGAUCUUAAUUCGCUGUGGGGAUACACAGCUCAGCACCAUUCAUAUCAACCAGCACAUACUGUAAAGACCUUUCCAAAGAAGAAACCAAAGAAGUCCACACGGAGGAGCCCAUAGAGAUUACAGAUUACAAUGUACAAAGAUUGUAGAUGUUUUUAUUGUAUGUACAGUUUAUUCUUCAAGAUAAUCAAUCACAAGUUGCUGUUUUUAUAUUUUCUGGCCCCAGGUUGUGUCGUCCUGAAACCAGCUGAAAUAUCAGUUUGUAUUAUAUUGAAUGUAUAAGCUUUGGUGUGUAACAUUUGUUGUAUAUUUUUACAUCAUUUGCAUUGGCAGAUGUGCAGAUUAUGCACCUUUUUUUAAAAAAAAAAAAAAAAAAAAUGUGAUGAAAGUGAAUUUCAUUAUGGGUUCCUUUUUUAAAAAGUACAAGUCAUCAUUUUUAAGGUGUUUGUGGUUUUAAAUAUUAUGAUGAAUUUUAUGAACUAAUUAUUGAGCCUUUCAUAUUCCCAUAUACAACAUAAGUUAGUAGCAAAUAUUCUGCAUUGUAUUCCUUUAUUUCUUACUUUUACCUUUUUAAAAAUGGAUAAAGGUGUAAGAUUUCACUUCAAGGUAACUUUUUUUUUUUUUGCAUGCAAAGAUGAGUGCCUAUAUAUUUAGUUUUAUUUUUCUAUUCAUCCUACAUAGAGGGUGCACUGUACUGUUUUAUUUAACACUUUGCUUGUAAGUGGGAUAGGGCCAAAUCUGUACACACGUAACUUUAUUUAUUCACAACAAUCACUGAGGAAUACUUUGUGUCUCCCAUUUCUAACCGCAAUAAAUGCCCACAAUCACAGUUUAGCAUA